AUGUCGGCCGCGAUGUCCAUAUCCAGCCGCCGCUCUCCUUCCGAGCUUAGCCGGCCUACUCCUCCGGCAACCAUAAUCCCCAAGUCCCACCCCCUACCACCGUGGUGCCCGGAUCCAGCCGCCGCUCCUUCUUCGGUCGUCCGACCCGCUCCUCCGGGCGUGUCCGGCCGUGCGGGAACCCGUCCACCGGCCCUCUCCUCCGUCCCCAGCCGUCCCGACUGCGUCCUCCUGGACUCGUGUGGGUAUGGGUUCGUGGACGUGGACGACAACCACACCACCGCGCAAGCCUUCUCGGCGGCGACAGGAACCAUCCGUGUGACCUUCGUUAUCUCCGAUCUCCCGUGCCUCUCGCGCUUCUACGUCCGCUGCCUGGACCUCCCAACCAGCACCUUCAUCACCGAGCCCAAGAUCGUUUGCUCGGCGGAGAACCUCUUUCUCCUCAUCUUCCAUCUGUCCACUUCCUGGUUGCUGGAGCACUUCAUCUACAGGCCCGGACGGAACGGGCGUCCGCCAUCGCUUGAUGCGCUUCCCGACAUCAGCAGGUACCUACAUAGAGAGACAACCAAACCAUGCCUUAUCGGCGUCUUGCCUGAGGGCGGCGGCACAGACUUCGUCUUGGCAGCUUUCACAAGGGAUAUAUUGCAGUACAAGCUCCAUAUCUUCAGAUCCAAGCAGCGUGCCUGGACCACGGAGCUCUUGCUCCCGGAUCUUCCUUCUUGGCUGACCAAGAAAGGGGCAACAGUUUCUCCCAGCAAGGUGAUUGCUUUACAAGGCGGAGUGCUGGGCUUUGUCGAUCUCUGGAAGGGUAUUUUGUUUUGCGAUGUGCUAUCUGAACUUGUGAAAACGUGGUUUGUUCCACUGCCCAAGCUUCUGCCUAAUAACCGAGUAAACUACAACAGAUUGGUGGCACGCCCUAUUCGCGACGUCACCUGCCCCGAUGGUUUGAUAAUCAGGUGCGUCGAGUUGGAAGAUCUAUAUGCUAUCAAAACCAGCAUUCCUGAUGCCUCAACCAAGGAUCUAUUAUUUGAUUUUGAUGCGGUUGAUCCAACUGAGGAGAAGGAAGUACAAGGGUUUGUUGGUUGGAGGCUCAUUACAUGGUCUAGGGAGGUCUUUUGGGACUAUUGGUGCAAGGACAGUGUGCUUCAUCUAGAUGAACUUGGAAAUGUGUCCUUGCCUCAUCCAGAUUCCGGCUGCGAUGGUGCUGCAAAAUUGCCAUUGAAAACCCUGAAAACAUGUUACCCAACUGCGUGUGGUGAUGGCAUUGUUUGUCUCAUGUCCAAGAAAAAUCAUCGGGACCAUGAUGCAUGGAUUCUCACUGUUGACAUGAGGACCAAGAGAGUGGGAGAGCCAGUGCCAUUUAAUGCCAAGAGAUCAUCAGAUCGUAAUCCCACCUACAUUCCUUGUGUGCUGAACAAAUAUCUGAAUAAUGAAUCAGAUCUAGCUCAGGUUGGCUUGCAAAAUGCCCGUUUUCGUGGACAUUUUUCGCUUCAGCUGCCCCUUCAAAACUCGAACAAGCACAGUAAUAUUUCCCAACAGAAACGGCAGCGACUGCUGUCCCCGCAGAAGGCGAACAACCAUCCUAAUGCUUACCAACAGAAGCGGCAGACCAUUGAUUCAAAUGAGGCGACCGGCUCAUGUACUUCUCAUCAGAUAACACGUGAGAUUCUUGAUGCUAAUGUGCGAUGGGCAAAGUAUACAAACCCACCAGAUUAUCUGUUCGGUUUGAUGGGGUCUAGAGAUGAAGGGGAUUGGGGGGAUUAA